AUGGAGGAAAAAAGUUCCAGCAUAUUUGCUGUAGCAAUUUCUUUGCUCGUCGCUUCGUGGCUAAUCGUUGCAUUUCGCUGCUACGUGCGCGCAAAACUAACCCGAUGGGGUCUUGACGACAUAUUCGUGAUCGCUGUUUUGUUGAUAUUCACCGGAUGUGCUAGUUGCCUCAUGAAAGCUGCGUCCAUGGGACUUGGGAAACGUACUAAAAGCAUAAAACCACGCGAGGCGAUCAUAGAUUCAUUCAAGUUUUUUUUUAUCGCCGAUCUUUUAUAUAUCACCUCUUCAGGAAUAGUAAAGAUCUCCUUCUGUUUAUCUCUGUUACGAGUUGUCAUCGGACGAGGUUACAUCUACACGAUAUACGCGGUCGGUACAGUUACGGCCAUUUUCACAACUUUCUACUUCUUCUUCGCCCUUUUCUCGUGCUGGCCGGUGGAAUUUGUAUGGGAACAGAUACGAAACCCGAAUAGCGGCGGGACGUGCCGGCAAUAUCAUAAGGUCGUUGCCGGAAGCUAUGCCCACGGUUCAAUCGUUUGUGCGGGUGAUUUGAUACUCGCAUUAGUCCCUGCAUUGAUGAUACGGAAAUUACAAUUAAAUUCUCGUACUAAGUUAUCCGCUGGCCUUCUACUUGGGUUUGGAUCGGUAGCGAGCGUUGCAACCAUAGCCCGUCUUACAUACGUCAAAUAUGGAUACGAUCAGAAAGAUUUCCUCUACACUAACACCGAGAUAAUGAUAUGGUCCAUGGUGGAGAUAGGGGUAAGCAUCAUAGCUAUAUCGGCUGUGACGCUGAAGCCCCUUUUGAUGAAAUACAAAAUCUUCUUCCACUCUCAAGACAGCAAUGCACGCUCGCCGCAUGACCGAGGACGCAUCUACAGGAACGGCGGCGGGGAUUUCACGUACACAAUUGGCUCAGGACCCCCACGGAAAAGCCAUUAUAGUCGACAACAUAGAUCCUCCGCGCAUGGCAAGAUAAGCGCCUCUAGAAUGAGACCUGAUAACACAGUUGCCAAGGGACGGUCAUCAUCGGAGGAAAAUAUCUGGAUAUCGAAAGGGGAUGGGCAGACGAUACCCAGUAGAGACGGAGUCGAUGACGAUUUGGAACUCAUUCCGAGAGGACAAAUACAGAAAGUUGUUGAGUUUUCGACGUCAAGGGUCGCGGCGGAACUGGACAAACAUUCCACACCGACUCCUGAGCAUAGGUAUGAGCAGGCGUAA